UAUAGUACAGUGUGAAAAAUAAAUAAAAACCUCUCCGGCAAACCAGCGAGCGGAUUCGUGAAAAAGAGAGCGAGCGAGGAGCUGCCAAAGAGAGCUCCACCAGCCGGCGAUAUCGGAUGGACUCUACGACUGUGGCCCUCGUUCGACACAGGGAGAGGAGCAAGUCGCGGCCGUGCGGCGCAAAGUUGAACUCGUUGGUAAACUUCCUCGCCUCGCUGCUCGCUGCGAUGAAGGAUAGGAUGCAGGAGUUACGUGCGGGAAAGGACAGCGAUGACGAAGACGACGACGAUGUCACAGUCAAUUUGAUCCGAGAUCAGUUCAUGGAUGAGUUCUUCAGUCAGGUGGAAGAGAUUCGAGACUACGUUGGGAAAAUUGCACAAAAUGUGGAAGAAGUCAAAAAAAGACACAGCUCCAUCCUGGCGGCACCAAACUCCGACGACAAGACCAAAGAAGAACUGGAAAAGCUCUUGGCUAACAUUAAAGUAACGGCCAAUAAAGUUCGCUCAAAGCUGAAAGCAAUCGAGACGAGCAUCGAACAGGAGGAAUUAGCCAACAGGUCAUCAGCUGACAUGAGGAUACGCAAAACACAGGUGCUCUGCUUGACAAGGGCAUUGUCGACGUUCUACCAUGGGCUGUUUGUUCUCCGCUGCAACCGAGUUAAUUUUGGACCGGGCCUGGGUGAUGACACACCUGUCGCUAUGCAUUCGACAUUGUCUCGCAAGUUUGUAGAAGUGAUGUCCGAAUAUAAUGCCACGCAGUCCGACUACCGUGAGCGCUGCAAGCAGCGCAUACAGAGACAGCUGGAGAUCACUGGGAAAUUAACGACGAACGAGGAGCUGGAGGAUAUGCUUGAGAGCGGAAACCCAACGAUAUUUUCUUCUGGGAUCAUCGUCGACUCGCAGAUCAGCAAGCAGGCCCUGAGCGAGAUCGAGUCACGCCACUCUGACAUCAUGAAGCUGGAAAGCAGCGUCCGCGAGCUGCACGACAUGUUUUUGGACAUGGCCAUGCUGGUGGAGAGUCAGGGAGAAAUGAUUGACCGCAUUGAGUACAACGUGGAGCACUCCGUGGAUUAUGUCGAGCGAGCUGUCUCCGAAACGAAGAAAGCUGUCAAAUACCAGAGUAAGGCCCGCAGGAAGAAGAUUAUCAUCAUAAUCUGUUGCAUAAUUUUAAUAACUGUGGUCGCAUCUACGUUUGGGGGAAUUUACGGAUAAACAUUCCACCGACAGCACGUGCUGGCUUUUACACCUGGUAAGUGUCACAAUAUUAUAAUCAUCUUCUCUGUUGCUUUCCGAAACGACGCGCGGUUAUGUUCACAUUUGCGUUUGUAUGUUUAUGUGCCACUGUCGCAGUUCAGGGCCCUACAUUAACAAGUUCAUGUUAGCAACUUCUUGUCCUAUCUAUUGCUCGUUUAAUCAUGUAUAUUUAUUUUCUGCAGUGGCCUGAGACUGAUCAUAAGUUGCGGAGAGCAAUGUUUCCGUUUGAUAUUUCUUGUUUUUUUUUAGUGCAUGUACGGUUACAUUGUUAGCAUUACAAAAAAAACGUCUGUUCGAAAAACCAUCAGCUGAUUUUUAAAUGCCAGCAUUGGAAAGCGCUACAUUCAGCAUCCAUAUUAUUAUGACGCUUGAUUAACGGCAAAAGUCUCACUGACUCAUUUGACUCUUUCUCAGGAGGAUCCUGCCAAGCUUUUAUUUGCGGUCGAGGGCAAUGGUCGCCAUGCGUAAUCCCAUUUGAGUAUCUUUUUUAUUGUAAUUCGUUUAUUUGUUUUUGGCAAAUUUGGACCAUGAGGCCAGGUACACACAUUGGCCUACUCUUGCAAAUGACGUCACGAGAUAUUUCACUUCCACUGUGUAAAGCAGACGGAGUGUAGUAUUUGACGGUUAAUACACCCGCAGUAUUUACCAGGGCGGCCACUGGACUCGAACCGCGAACCUUUACAACAAGCGGCGAACGUGCUACCGUUGGGGCCAUUAUCUGUAUUUCCUUAGCAACAACACACAUUGAUGGCACCCUUCCUCGCCUGUGAUCGACGACUUUGGCUGCAUGAAAAAAUACGUAACAGUAAUUAUGAUUUGUUUACAGCCCCUUCGUCAAUACACUGCUGGAUGGAAGCCCGCGUCAGUCGUGGGAAUUGUUUGUCUAUGCUUCACCACGCUGUUUAGUGUGGGUUGGUGAAGAGGUUGCGGGGGUGCCCAGGACAGGUUGACAGGUCACUCACCACUGAUGUUAGCUGUGGCUAACAUCGGGCGGUGCCUAGAUGUUACCUACUUCGCCUGGUGUAAAGGAGGACGUGGGUUCGAUCCAGACCCAGACUACGCCCGUAUGUUUGGAGUGUCCUGUUCUCCCCAUGGUCGUGUGGAUUUUUUUCACAGGUCCUCCGAUAUUACCCUCCACAUUAAGAAACGUGCGUUUAGAGUAUUUGAUUGCUAGAAAAUUCCACGUGAUAAGUCACUUUGUUGAGAUAUAAUUUGUGAUCAGGUCGCUUAUGAAAAAUAGCUACAUGGCUCAGUGUGCCUUACCUUGUAAAAAAUAAUGUGGAAAUCAAACUCAGGUCACUGGAUUCACAGUCCAGGGUGAUGACCACUCUACCCCAAUCGGGAAUGUUAAUAAGAACUGGUGAUAUUAUUUCUUCCCUACAUACAUUAUUCUUUGGCCAUGUCAAAUUAUUAUAUUUUUGUAUAGAAUGUGAAACGGGGAGCUUAUAUUGCUUUUGUAUUUGCUCGUUUUGCGGUUUAACAGCAGAUCAAUGUAUGCAGUUCGGUACUUAUGUUGAACUUCUUUCGCACCGUACAUUGCCAACCGUGCUAAUCGGAGGUGCGAAAUCAGAGGUAUACAUAUCCAACAUUAAUAAUUUGCAACCCUUUAUAACUCCACUGCUAGAUAAAAGUCUCCCGAGUCCUUGUCAGUCACAGGGGUUGUUCAGCCAUACUUCACCACAGUGGUCAAAACAGAUCAAAUUAUCGCUCUCCACUGAUGUUAGCCAUCGCCGGGAAUCGAACUCGGAGGGGCAGGUUAACAUGGCAGUGCACUAUCCGCUGUACCGAUGCGCCACCCAUCAAACGUUUUCAACUCGUGUAAUAUGAAACCUUUAUUUCUACACUGUCAUGCACAAAUGGUUUUAUGGCAUUAUAAACAUAGGAGCAGACAUUCCUUACAUAUCACCAGGUGGUGCACUUCAGAUCUGAGACCCACGUGUGCUGAUGGAAGAGGGCUCCAGGGGCUGGAUGGCACACUCGUUGCUGGUCUCAACAUCUUGACUUUGAAAAUGAAAGUGCAAUCAACUGUCCAUUAUCGGGCGUAAUCAAUCAGUCAGUCUGCACGUAUAACUUCUCAUUUUAUAUAAUGCACUUCACGUCAACAAAGACAUUCAGAAUGCUUUCUAUCAAUGAUUACCAAAUUGCUUAGAAUAUGUAAAACGCUAUUUUUUCUUUCAAAAUAUAAAUAAGAAGUGUGCCCUAGGCAAUACAAUUUUAAACUUAUACAAGCUUGUAUUAUAAUUAAGAGCAAUUAAGACAAAAGUAACGAGAGAGAAUGGGUGGCCCGGCUAAAAUACUAAUGCUGAUUAUACAAGACACAUUUUAAUUAGGAUUUGAAAUAUACAUUUGUAUUAACGUACACAAAAUAGGAAUGACGAUGUCGGAAUGUGUCAUCUGUUUAUGUACAGUGUAUUUUAAGGAUCGGUUUACUUAUAGAUAUGUCUGUGGUCACGUGGGCACCAGGAUAUAAACCCUUGACAAGUGAAGAGCAGAUUAUAAACAAGUCUGCACGUAACAAAAUAUUUGCCUUAUUUUUUAUUUUGCCGGGAAACUUUUACUAUCCACCCACGGAUAACCAAGAGUAAAGCAAUCGUAUUUAAAUUCAUGUUGUGGCCCGGUUACGAAGUGCAGUACAAGCGUUGUCAAUUAAUCAUGGGGGGUGGAGGGGAAUGGAAAUUCAUGCAGACUAUGGCAUAAUAAAAUAUACAUUCUAACAAGGGUCAGACUAGCAUGGGAUUUCUGUUCAUUCAUAACCCCAACCCUAACCCUAAAAAUACACCGUGUUGGUCAUAUUUCUUGUGUUCUUAAUACUAUGUGCAUUGAGCAAAGCAUGCUCUUUACAAAUGUACGUUGUUAUGUGGCAUUUUCUACGGCAUAUACCUGUACGAUUAAUAAAAAAUAUAUAUCAUUUUAA